GCAAUUGACAGGACUAAGAUAGGAGAAGAGAGCAGCAUGGCCCCUGAAGAAAAACCAAAGGAGAAGCCAGCUCAAAGAGCGAUAAAGAAGAUUCGGACGGCCUCUCUAGUUAUAAGCUUAGCUCGAGGCUGGCAACAGUGGGCCAAUGAGAAUAGCACCAGGCAAGCCCAAGAGCCUUCAGGAUGGCUGCCUGGUGGGGCUAAGGAGGCUGAGGAGUCACCCAAAGAAAACAAGAAUAUGAAGCCCUUAGAGCCCCUCCAAGAGAAACAAGGUAUAGAAGGAGGUCAGAGGUGUCUGUGGGCAAAGCAAUUUUCAAGUAGAGACAGGGACUGUCAAAACAACCUUGCUGAUGAACCUGGGGAGACACACAUUAAAAGGAAGGAGGUAACCAAAACAGUGGUCAACAAAGUCUAUGAGCGAGGAGGGGACAUAAGCCUUCUCAGCCACAGAUAUGAGAAUGAUGGCACCGACUCUGAAUCAUGCCAGGAAGGGAAAGACUUGGAUCACAUUGACAAGAUCCUAAACAGCCACACUUCCCCAACCAGGAGGAGGAAGUGCUUGAACCUAGUGUCAGAGCUGACCAAAGGCUGGAAAGAAAUAGAGCAAGAGGAACCCACUAGCCGCAGUGAUAGCAUAGACACUGAGGACAGUGGCUAUGGAGGGGAUUCUGAAGAGAGGCUGGAGCAGGAAGUCAACAGGCAAGAAGGAGACCACGUGACUGCAGCCAGGAUUAAACGACCCACGCCUUCCCAGGCAAGAAGGUUUUCAGAGAAUCUCAGCAGCAAGGCACAGAGGAAAUUCAGUCAAGUAAACAGCAUGACAGGGAGAUGGCAAAAAUGGGCUGAUGAGCAUAUGCAGUCCCAAAAGCUCAAUCCCUUCAGUGAAGAGUUUGAUCAUGAGUUGGCCAUGUCCACCCGCCUGCACAAAGGGGACGAGGGCUAUGGACGCCCCAAAGAGGGAACAAAAACUGCUGAAAGAGCCAAGCAAGCAGAAGAACACAUCUACCGGGAAAUCAUGGAUCUGUGCUUUGUCAUCCGUACAAUGGCUCGCCACAGACGGGAUGGCAAAAUCCAAGUCACUUUUGGGGAACUCUUUGACAGAUAUGUACGGAUUUCUGAUAAGGUGGUGGGCAUUCUUAUGAGAGCCAGGAAACAUGGACUUGUUCACUUUGAAGGAGAAAUGCUAUGGCAAGGCAGGGAUGACCAUGUGGUGAUUACGCUCCUGGAGUGAUUUUAUAGCCAUAUGAGUGCAUCACAUGAUCCAUCUUAUCUUGAUAUUAAAGUACAAUUGGAGAAGAGAGGUAAAUGCAUGCUACUAAGUAGCAGACUUGCAGAUAUUAAGUUAUUAUUUUUAGAACUUGGCGGGAAUUUGGAUCCACUUCCAUCCAGGAGAUAUCUUGGGACAUUUGAGAAAAUAGAUGCAAAUGGUUAAUAUUAUUUAAUGAUGACUUUUGAAUAUUUGAAAGACUAUUUUUAUACAUACAAACAGCAUAGGCCAUUUUAUGAUCUAAAACCAUUGGCUAUUUAAUGAAGAAGUGAAGUAUGAAUGAGUUUUAAGCAAAGGUACAAAUCAUAAAGAUUAAGAAAGGUACUAAAAGCAGGAAAAAGCCAGGAAUACCAAUAGCAGUACCGGGAACAACAGCAAGAAUAGCAAUAAGAGCAGUUUACAUUUCUAUUGUGCCAUCAUUUUAUUAGAUUCCCACAAUUACUCCUCUAAGCAAGUAGUGCAAUUAUCACUAUUCCUUAUGAGAAAACAUAGGCUCAGAGAAGUUGUGAUUCAUCCAAGGCUACACAGCCAGUACUACUGAAUGGUAAGCUGACUCAAACCCAUUUUUCUGAGCCUGAGUCCAACACUAUUUUUAGAACUAUAGAUUUCCGAGUAUGUGCAUUUUAUUUCCUGGUAAUCCUACUGAAGUGUCUCUUGUUAAUAGUGGUUAACGUAAAUCUAACCUUAGCUUAAACUAUAUUAUGUAUAUUGUUUUCUUGGAAUUAUAGCAUCUUACAGACAUCCUUCAGAACUCCCACAUUAUAAGCUCAGGCUAUUGGGCAAAUUGCCAGGAGUCUUCCCAUCCUCCCUCCCAUCAUGUGGCCUACUCAUUGGGUGCCACGGACAAGCAAGCAGUACAUCCAAACACAACCACCUGGAGCUCUUGGACACUUUCCAUUAUUUGAUGUUUAGGAGAAGUAGGGUUGAAUACACAGCAGAGACAGGACAAUUCUUCAAUUCAGUUCAACAAAUAGUUAUUAAGGGACCACUAUUUUCAAAGAUAAGACAAAAUGAAAAGAUAGUCCCUACCCUUAAGUUUCAUGAGUUUCCAGAUCUUAUGGGUCUAUAGAAAUAUAUGGAUCAAGAGAAAGAAAUCUUUUGUAAUAUGUAUAUAAAAAUCUCAUGAAACAUCAGUAAUAUUUUAUAUUAUUAGAAAUGACUGGGGCAGCUAGGUGGCGCAGUGGAUAAAGCACCAGCCCUGGAUUCAGGAGUACCUGAGUUCAAGUCCGGCCUCAGACAUUUGACACUUACUAGCUGUGUGACCCUGGGCAAGUCACUUAACCCACAUAGCCCCACCAAAAAAAAAAAAAAAAAAAGAAAUGACUGACAAUUUUUUCUCACAUUCUGCCUCCAGAAAACUUGACAAAAAAUACUAUUGAAAAAGUUUUUUACAGUUAAGCUUAAUUUAAACUUCUAUUUUUCAAUAAAAUGUUCUCUGAAAUCUUUAUAUAAAUAUAAAAAUGACCCUGUCUAACAAUAUAGCUUAAUAAUAGAACUAACUGUUUAAAACAACAGGACAUAGACAAUUUCCAACAGCAUUAAUUCAUGGUGGAUGUUUCCUCAUUAAUGUAGAGAAAUAAUUUUAUGCACCAUAUCAAGAAUAUAGUGAAAAGACUGAAUUUCCCUUAUACAAAUGGAGUGUAAAUGAUGACAAGGUAAACAUCUGCCACAUGAGGAGUUGAACUGAUGACAUGAUAUGUGGGAUUAGGAUAAUUCUACAAGACUUAGCCAAAGUUACUAAGUAGGUGUCUUCAUAGUAUAAUUUCUAGUGUGAAUAAAGGAUAUAUAAAUAUUCCAUAAUUACAAGAACUAUGUAAUUACAACACACUUCCUUUUGUAACAAUGACCACUCAUUCACAACAAUGUAGUAUGAGCAUAUGGGCAGGGGAAAAUACCAGUCUGAGUCAGAGAUCUCUGGGGGUUUAUUUAUGUCUUUCUGUUAAAGAGGUUCUCUUUCAAACUGAAAGUUCAAAUGUCUUCUUAAUGAAGAAAAGGUGUACAUUUCUCUUUCAAUUGAGUUUGAACAAAACAAAAAUUAACUACAAAAAUUUUUUAAUGUGUGUGAUUGUUUUCAAUAAGAUCAACAUAAUGUACUAUUGUACCCCAAUGACAGAACUCAUUUCAAAACUUAGCAGCAAAAUAUUCAAGAAUAAAGACUAUUUUUCAACACA